UAUCGCAUUCACUUGCACAUACAUGACUUGCGUAUUCUUUCGCGUAUCUUUAUAUCAUCUCUCUGGACUAAAAGGGUGUGAGGUGUAAACAAAUUAUACCAAAGAAAAAGUAUUGAAUAGGUAGUUUCAUCACGUUCUGUAAAUUGUAUUUAAAUAUCAGCUGAUCAAGCAUGUGUUUUAAAAAAACACCACGAAUUCUUUCGAUACAAAGUCAUGUAGUAUCUGGUUACGUUGGUAAUAAAAGUGCAGUAUUUCCUUUACAGCUGCUGGGCUUUGAAGUGGAUGCAAUUAAUUCUGUUCAGCUUUCCAAUCAUACUGGCUACAAGGUCUUCAAAGGCCAAGUACUAAAUGACAAAGAUUUAGAGGAGUUAAUAAAUGGUUUAGUACAAAAUAAUUUAGAUAAUUAUACUCAUUUACUUACUGGAUAUGUUGGUUCUGCUUCAUUUUUAAAAAAAAUAGCAGAAGUAGUUCGUGUAUUAAAACAUAAAAAUCCAAAUCUUAUAUAUGUAUGUGAUCCUGUUAUGGGAGAUAAUGGAAAAAUGUAUGUUCCUGAAGCAUUGAAAGAAAUUUAUAGAGAAGAAAUAGUACCAUUGGCUGAUAUUGUAGUACCAAAUCAAUUUGAAUUGGAAUUAUUAAGUAACAUAAAAAUCAAUACAAUGUCUGAAUUACAAGAUGCUGUAACUGUAUUACAUAAAAUUGGCCCCCAAACAGUAGCUGUCUCAUCAACAGAAAUUAAUGAUAAACUAACAGCAAUAAUUAGUACAAAUAAAGAGAAUAAAUUAAUAAAAAUCAAUAUUCCAAAAAUACCAGCUAGUUUUACAGGUUCUGGAGAUCUUUUUGCUGCUCUAUUUUUAGCUCACACAUAUUUGCAAAAUGAUAUGAAAACUGCCAUUGAAAAAACUGUAAAUUCUUUAUACAGUGUCCUACUAAAAACUUAUGAAUAUUCUAAAGCAUGUCAAGAUAAAGAAUCCCAACUUGCAAGAAAAAUUGAAUUAAAAUUAAUACAAAGCAAGAAUUAUAUUGAAACUCCAGAAAUCUGUUUGUUUGCUGAAGUAAUUGUAUCAACAAAUUAAAUGGUCAAAACCCAUUUGCUAAUAUAUUAUACACAUAUGUAAUAAGCUUUCCAGUAGUUAAAAUUAUAAAAUAACUUGUUGAUUAAAUUUGUUAUAUAUAUGUGUAUAUAAGUUACAUAUAUAGUACACUACAAAUGAUAUGAUUUAAUUGAUUCAAAGAAAUCUAUGUUUUAAUGUCUUCCAGUAAAAAAUAAUUACCUUAUAUAUUUUUAUAAGUAACUUAACGAAUAAAAAAUACUUUUAUCAAUA